GUCUUCACCUCUUUCUCUCUCUUUCCCCGUACAGAACCCUCGUAUUCGUAUAUAAUCAAUUUAGGGUUUUAGAACUCUUCACUUUCUCUCGCCAGAAAUUUUACAUAGCCGCUAUCUCCAAAAAUAUCAAUCAUGGCAGAAGUAGUUUCAGAGAUUCCACAAGAAACCAUGGAAGUUGAAACUCCUCAAAACGGUUCUGAAACGAACGGUGAUUCCAAGCGAUCUAGAGAAAACAACGGUGUUGAAGAGAAUGAAGCAGCAAAGAAACAGAAGGUAGAAGAAGGCGGAGAUGAUGAAACUGAAGGUGAAGAGAAGAAAUCUGAACCUGUUCAGCUUGGACCCAAAACUUUCAACACUUCUGUUGAAAUGUUUGAUUAUUUCUACAAGUUCCUUCAUUAUUGGCCUCCUAAUUUGGAUGUUAACAAGUAUGAGUGCAUGGUUUUGCUCGACUUGAUCAAGAAGGGUCAUUCAGAGUCAGACAAGAAGGUUGGUGCAGGGGUAAAAGCAUUCCAAGUCCGUUACCACCCAAUGUGGAAAAGUCGAUGUUACUUUCUGAUCAGGGAAGAUGAAUCCGUUGACGAUUUCAGCUUCAGGAAGUGUGUCGACCACAUUCUUCCUUUGCCUGAAAACAUGAAACUAAAGCCAGAAGCAAAUAAGGCAUUGGGUGGCAGAGGAGGUGGAGGCAGAGGUGGUGGUGGCCGUGGAAGAGGUGGCCGCGGUCGUGGAAGAGGCAACUGGAAUAGGAACUAAUCUUUAUAUUACUCUUGAUGAAGAGUAUCUAAAAACUCGUUAUGAUGUUUGAAUGAUUUUAAGGAUUAGUUUUAUUCUGUCUCUUACGGUCUUACCACAUGUCUGGAUGAUCUAGAUGUAUAAUUGCAAUUUUGACUAUAGUUUGAUCUAGGGUUUUUGCAAGUUCUUCUUUGUUU